AUGGGUGAUACAGCAAGAGCCCAAGUCCUGAUUUCACCUGAAACAAGACUGCUGGAACCACUGUUCCGAAAAGCUCACCCCAGCGGACAAAAUCUCAGGGGUUGUCCCCUGGCCAAACUUGCCUUCACCACGGAGCUCCGCGAUACAGAUGUGCAGAAGCAAAUUAAGAACAAGAUGGCUUUCAUCGAACAAGAAGCCAACAAGAAAGCAGAAGAAAUAGAUGCAAAGGCAGAAGAAGAGUUAAAUAUUGAGAAAGGUUGUCCUGUGCAAACCCAAAGACUGAAGAGUAUGCAAUAUUGUGAGAAGAAAGAAAAGCAGAUUGAACUCAAGGUCCUCAGAGAAAGAGACGAUCUCAUCGCCGAUCUGCUCAAUGAGGCAAUACAGAGACUCAGCAAGUAGGUGAUAAAAGAUACAACCAGGUACCAAGUUCUGCUGGAUGGCCUGGUCCUCCAGGGCUUGUACCAGGAGCCUCAAAUGAUUGCAUGUUGCAGAAAACAAGAUUUCCUUUUGGUGACUGUCACAGUACAAAAAGCAAUUCCUAUGUAUAAAAUUGUCACACACACAAAAAAGGGUGACAUCCAAACUGACCAGGAGGCUUACCUGCCUGAGGAGAUAGCUGGUGGAGCUGAAAUCUAUAAUGGGGAUCACAAGAUAAAGGUUUCCAACACUCUGGAAAGCCGGGUGAAUCUCAUAACCCAGCAGAUGGUGCCGGGAGUCUGGGGAGCCUUGUUUGGUGCAAAUGCCAAUGGGAAGUUCCUGGACUGA